AUGGCUCCUCCAAAAUCAAAGCCGCAGCCCGACGAUUCCAGGUCCGAAGCGUCGAGCACGAAGGAGAAGGCUGGCUCCCACUCUGCGAAUGCGAAUGGUAAAGGUCGACGCGUGGCAGGAAACGCAGCAGGAGGAAGUUCCUUGAAAGAUGUCAUCACUGCAGGAACCAGUGGCAUAGGUGGAGGUGCCUCGGCGACAGCUGUGGCAGAGUCAAGUUCUGGUAUCCAAUGGUCGUCGUUCGACUCGUCCGUCCUUCAUGGCUACCGAUACGACUACCGUCUGAACACACCCGCAGCAUUCAAAACAUCCUACAACCAACUUGUCCUUGCUCGAUCACCCAUCGGCCGAAUGUCGCCCACAAUGGCCCGGAGGAAGGGGCAACGAAGGCAGAGCAAAGAACAGCUGGCGAACACUGUGAGGAAACACUUCAAUGGCAUGGGAAUCGCGGAGAAUGAAGUUGUGGUGGACUUCUUGUAUAAGGUCCGAUGGCAAGACAAGAAUUUCCGCAUGCGCUUUUCACCUCAGCGACCUCGAUGA